CGGAGACCUCCUCCACCCGCCCUCCGUCACCCUAUCACUGGAUCUGCAGUCCACUAGCGCCGUCAUCCGCUGUCCAUCGUCGCUGCUCUUCGAGCUGUUGGUGGUGCGUUGCUGCUGCCGUGCGCUCUCUAUUGGGGUUGCUACUGGUGGUACUCGAGUUGUUCUGCAGCUGGUGGCGGCCGUGCCAUGCGCCCGUCGCCAUGGCCGACCCCUCGCUCCGUGAGGCAAGCAUCCCAGCUCCACGCCUUCCUCACCACAUCCGGAGACCUCCUCCACCCGCCCUCCGCUGCGCACCUCCUCAACGCCCUCGCCAACCGCCUCCUCCCCUCUGCGUCCGCCCCGCGGCACCUCCGCUACACGCUCAGUCUGUUCGACCAAAUUCCCCGCCCCACCACCUUUCUCUUUGACACCGCGCUCCGCGCCUGCUUCCGCGCGUCCUCCUCCCGCUCCGGUGACGAGCCCUUCCUUUUCCUCUACCGCCGCAUGCGCCGCGGGGGCGUGCGCACGGACGUCUUCACGUUCCAUUUCCUCUUCAAGUGUUGCUCCGGCGCCCGCACCCACGCGCGAGUGUGCCGGAUGCUGCACGCCACGUGCCUCCGGACCAUGCUUCCCUCUGCCGCGCCGCUCGUCGCGAACCCUCUUAUACAUAUGUACGCCGAGCUCGGGCUCGCGGACGACACCCGCCGGGUUUUCGACGAGAUACCUGUGAAGGACGCGGUUGCCUGGACGAUGGUGAUCGGUGGGUUGGCCAAGAUGGGGCUGCUCGAUGAAGCACGAAAGUUCCUUGUGCAGGCACCGGAGAGGAACGUGAUCUCCUGGACUAGCUUGAUUGCUGGGUACUCGCGUGCCGGUCGAGCUGCUGAGGCUGUGGAUUGCUUCAACAGCAUGCUUUCCGAUGGAAUUGUGCCGGAUGAGGUUACCGUGAUUGCCAUGCUCUCGGCAUGUGCACAACUAAAGGAUUUGGACUUUGGCCGCUCGUUACACUUGCUGGUCAGGCAAAAGGGUAUGUUGAAGAGUGAAAAUCUCGUUGUUGCGCUCAUUGACAUGUAUGCCAAGUGUGGUGACAUUGUCUGUGCACAGGAGGUCUUUGACGCUGUGGGCAGGGGGCAAAAGCCCCAUACAUGGAAUGCUAUCAUUGAUGGGUACUGCAAGAUUGGUCAUGUUGAUGUUGCAAGGUCUUUGUUCGAUCAAAUGGAUGCCCGUGAUGUCAUUACAUUUAACUCGAUGAUCACUGGCUACAUCCACAGUGGCCGGCUUAGAGACGCACUGCUAUUGUUUAUGCAGAUGAGGAGACACGAUUUGUGCGCUGAUAACUUUACAAUGGUGAGCCUUCUCACUGCUUGUGCGAGUUUAGGUGCAUUGCCACAGGGUAGGGCAUUGCAUGCUUGCAUCAAGCAGAGGCUGGUGGAAGAAGAUAUUUACCUUGGGACUGCACUCUUGGACAUGUACAUGAAAUGCGGGAGGGUGAAUGAGGCAACUAUUGUGUUCCAGCGGAUGGGUGAGAGAGACGUUCGCACUUGGACUGCCAUGAUCGCAGGUCUUGCAUUCAAUGGGAUGGGUAAGGCUGCUCUGGAGCAUUUUUGCCGGAUGAAGCGUGAUGGCUUUCAGCCCAACUCAGUUACCUACAUUGCUGUUCUGACUGCAUGCAGCCACUCAAGUUUGCUUAAUGAAGGUCGUAUGUACUUCGAUGAGAUGAGAACAUCACACAAGAUACGUCCUCAGGUUGAACACUAUGGCUGCAUGAUAGAUUUGCUUGGCCGCAGUGGGCUUUUGGAUGAAGCUAUGGAUCUUGUUCGGGCAAUGCCAGUGCAACCAAAUGCUGUCAUAUGGGGUUCUAUCUUGAGUGCUUGCAGAGUCCACAAAGACAUUGACCUAGCUCGACAUGCUGCAGAGCAUCUUCUGAAGCUAGAGCCUAAUGAGGACGCUGUCUAUGUCCAGUUGUAUAACAUAUACAUAGACUCUAGACAGUGGGAAGAUGCAUCAAGAAUCAGGAGAUUGAUGGAAGAAUGGGGAGUUAAGAAGACAGCUGGUUACAGCUCGAUUACUGUGGCUGGGAAGGUGCACAAGUUUGUUGUUAAUGACCAAUCACAUCCUUGGACAUCAGAGAUCAUCGCAAUGAUGGAUGAAAUUGCACACAGGCUAAAGUCUGUGGGUUAUUCUCCGAUCACGUCAAAGAUAACAAUGGAUGUUGAUGAGGAAGAGAAAGAACAAGCACUUUUAGCACACAGUGAGAAGAUGGCCAUUGCUUUUGGCCUCAUUAGUCUUGCACCAAACUUGCCGAUUCAUAUCAUGAAGAACCUGAGGGUCUGUGAGGACUGCCACUCUACAAUCAAGUUAAUUUCCAAGCUUUGGAACCGGGAAAUCAUUGUUAGAGACCGGAGCAGGUUCCACCAUUUCCGUGAUGGAGCAUGCUCUUGCAAUGAUUUUUGGUGAUUUUCAUUCUGCAAUAUGCCAGUCUUGGUGUAGAGCUCAGAACAUAAGAAUACACUAAAAGCGCAAGUUCUUCAUCUUGCAAAUUUCCUCUCAAAUUCGAAUAUUUAAAUGCCAAAGGAAUAAGGAAAUGUUUAUUUUGAAAGACCAGGAAUAAGGAAGUCACUUCUGUUGCUCAUGCGUGCCAUUGGAACUGUGUUCCUGGAACACAAUCCAAAUCCAUUCACCGCUUGUUCUGUCGAGUUCAAAGAGAUGAGACUGAAUGUCUGAAUCAAUGUUCUUCUUCUGUGCAACUGUCCUUGUUUUCCAGCACUGCAGUUUUCUAACCUGUGACUUGCCCAGAUUUACGAUAGUGUUAGAACUGGUUUAUUUUGCACACGGAAUUGGUGAUUGGAAAGAUCAAUCAGAAUUGUCCCGAGGAUUAGCUGUAGUAUCCAAGAGUUCAUUGUAGCAAGGGUUAGAAUGCUUUGUGCCUUUGUGAACAUAAAAGAGUAAAAAAAAAAUCAUUAUUACGGAUC